AUGGCGCAGGGCCGCCCCAAGGCCGCGGCCAAGCGCCCCAAAGCGGCGGCGGCGGCGGCAGCGGCGGCGCGGAGCUCCCGGGGCCCGCGGAAAGGAGGCCGCACCAUCGCCCCCAAGAAGCUCCGCGUGAUCCAGCAGCAGAAGCUGAAGAAGCGCCUGGAGGUCGGGAUCCGGAUGCGGAUCGAGCAGGAGACCGUGCAGAGAGCGCAGGGAGCGCUGCAGAAGCUGGCGCUGGUCACGGCGCCCAAGGGCGGCAGGGACAAGGACAGAGCCAAGAAGGGCCGAGGAUGAACCCCAAAAAUCGCGAAAACGAGCCCUGAACCCCCAAAAACCCUGGGGAACAACCCCUGAACCCUCUGUGGGGGAAACUGGGGGAGUCUGGGCUGAGAACAGCCCCAAAACCCCCCAAAACCGAGCCCCGAACCCCCUUCAAUGAGC